AGCUGAGGACCUCUCAUGGCCACCUUGGAGAACACUUAUUACUCCUCUGGCCUGGUUCUGGGUCUUCCUGCUCAAACCGGGCAUGUGUUCCAGGCAUGACUUGCCACUCAGUCAGAAAUGACCUUUGGGACUUGGCUGGUUAUUUCCAUGGAGAUCUGGCCUUGAAUCUGGUAAUUCUACCACUUCCUAGCUCUGUGACCUGAGGCAGGAUCUCUUAAAACUCAGUUUUAUGGCAAAAUGGAUUAUUUGAGCUUUGUUUCCCAGAAGAGACUUAUGGGAAGUGGACAUGGAAGAUCUGAGUAGGUGGUUGGCUCUUUUCAUGGUACCUGCUGGCCAGGCCACUCAGAGGAUUUCCCUACCUGGGGAGACAGCUUCCACAGUGCUGCACAUCUACUGCCUCCCUCUCCUGUGGGCUUUAAUGAAUGCAGCCUGAGGAAGGCCUGAGGUCACAGCGUCACAACACAGCUCCUCUCCUCCCCUAGGUUCUUGCCUGAAUACCAGCUUGGGAGCUCCCCACUACCUGCUUCCACCUCCAACCCCAGCCCCCCAUCACUAUGCACUCCUUGGACGAGCCGCUUGACCUGAAGCUGAGCAUCACCAAGCUCCGGGCGGCAAGAGAAAAGCGGGAGAGGACGCUGAGUGUGGUCCGGCACCGAGCUCUGCACAGGGAGCUUGGCCUGGUGGACGAUAUCCCCACCCCAUGCUCCCCGGGCUCCCCGCCCUCAGGCUUCCUACUGAACCCCAAGUUCCCUGAGAAGGUGGAGGGACGCUUUUCAGCGGCGCCUCUGGUAGACCUCAGCUUGUCACCGUCAUCAGGACUGGACUCCCCUAAUGGCAGCAGCUCGCUGUCCCCUGAGCGGCAGGGCAACGGUGACCUGUCUACAGUCCCCACCGCCCCGGAUUUCCAGCCGCUACGCUAUCUGGACAGCGUCCCCAGCUCCUUCCAGUUUUUCCUGCCCCUGGGCUCUGGGGGAGCCCUGCACCUGCCUGCUUCCUCCUUCCUCACCCCCCCCAAGGACAAGUGCCUCUCGCCAGAGCUACCCCUGCCUAAGCAGCUGGUUUGUCGCUGGGCCAAGUGUAACCAGCUCUUUGAGCUCCUGCAAGAUUUGGUGGAUCACGUCAAUGACUACCACGUCAAACCAGAGAAGGAUGCAGGGUACUGCUGCCACUGGGAAGGCUGCGCCCGUCACGGCCGAGGCUUUAAUGCCAGCAGGUACAAGAUGCUCAUCCACAUCCGCACACACACCAACGAGAAGCCACACCGCUGCCCCACCUGUAGCAAGAGCUUCUCCCGCCUGGAGAACCUGAAGAUCCACAACCGGUCACACACAGGUGAGAAGCCCUAUAUCUGCCCAUAUGAGGGCUGCAACAAACGCUACUCCAACUCAAGUGACCGCUUCAAGCACACUCGAACCCACUACGUGGACAAGCCCUACUACUGCAAGAUGCCCGGCUGCCACAAACGCUACACAGACCCCAGCUCGCUGCGCAAGCACAUCAAGGCUCAUGGCCACUUUGUGUCCCAUGAGCAGCAGGAGCUCCUACAACUGCGCCCACCCCCCAAACCACCACUGCCUGCCCCUGACGGCAGCCCCUAUGUCAGUGGGGCCCAGAUCAUCAUCCCCAACCCAGCUGCCCUCUUUGGAGGCCCUGGCCUGCCCGGCCUGCCCCUGCCCCUGGCCCCCGGCCCCCUUGAUCUCAGUGCCCUGGCCUGUGGCAAUGGUGGGGGUGGUGGGAGUGGGGCGGGCAUGGGCCAUGGGCUGCCAGGCCCCGUUCUGCCCCUCAAUCUGGCCAAGAACCCACUGCUGCCCUCACCCUUUGGGGCUGGUGGACUAAGCCUGCCUGUGGUCUCCCUCCUGGCUGGCUCCACGGGUGGCAAGGCUGAGGGGGAAAAGGGGCGUGGGGUGGUGCCAGCAAGGGCCCUGGGCCUGGAGGGACGCAAGACCCCCCUGGAGAGGACUGAGAGUGGCCGCUCCCGGCCCAGCCCAGAAGGACUCCCCCUGCUGCCAGGCACUGUGCUGGACCUGUCCACAGGUGUCAAUUCAGCAGCCAGCAGCCCAGAGGCCCUGGCCCCUGGCUGGGUGGUCAUCCCACCAGGCUCUGUGCUGCUCAAACCAGCUGUGGUGAACUGAACUGGCUCCAGGGACAGCUACCAGAAGCUCCUGGCCCUGCCCUGACGAACGGAAACUCUUCUGCGAAAUAGCAAUAAUGUCCUCCCGCCCCCUGGGGCCUGUUGGCUGUGUCCCCCUCCCAGCCCCAGCCCCAGACAAGCUGGGUGGCAAGGAUGGUGCUAGGUCAUUGCUGGUGUCGCCGGCUCCCAAGGGAGGAACUGCCUGCUGACCAGAGAGACCUGAGCUCAUGGGUGCUGAGGCCUUGCUCACCUCUGGCCCUCAGUCUCCCUGCCCUGUCCUCCACCCUGGUGCCUCCCUUAUCCAGUAGUCAACUCCCAUGUCGUCGUGUCGUCGUCUCCCCC